AAAAACUAUCAGGUGGUGUGGAUUCUGGGACAAAAAGAAACAAACCACGGGGUGUUUUAGUCAUUUUAAGAAUAUUAGAGUUAGCUAGGGCUUUUGGCUUUGCAUUUUCCACAUAUUUUUCUUUUUAGAAUUUUUGGCUGACACAUAUAUAGAAUGCGCCAUUAAGUUUGUUUAUAUUAUAAUUGUUGUUGUUUCUUGUGCUGCUCUGUUCUGCCUCUUGUUUUGCCAGGGCGAAAUCUCCCUAGUACCAUCUCUCUCUUUCACUACAUUUACAUGCUUUCUUAAAAGAGACUCAGAAUCUGUAGUAUUUUGCUAUGUGGAUCGGCUUUUGGUUCAAGUAAAUUUCCUGAUCAAAACGACUUCUGCUGAUCAUCCUCAACCCCCAAGUAGUUGUCUUUGUUCUGUUGAAGAAGUGCUUGAUCAAAUCCACAAACACUAGAAAACCCAUCUCUGGGGCUUUCUUGCAUUGAACAAAUAACAGAACCUGUUUGGUUUUCCUUACACAGUAGAGAUCAGAGAGUCAGAUAAAUCAUGAAUAGCUCUUCACCGAGCCAAGACAAAGAUACCCAGAGAAGCUGUACAGAUUGCCGAACAACAACAACACCUCUGUGGAGGAGCGGUCCAGCUGGUCCUAGGUCUCUUUGCAAUGCAUGCGGGAUCAGAUACAGAAAGAAAAGGAGGGAUCUUUUGGGUUUAAACAAAGGAGAAGAAAAGAGAAGAAGGAAGAAUAAGAAGAAAACUAUGAAAAGCAGUGGCAGUAAACUUGGUGUGUCGUUAAACCAGCUGGGAUUAAUGGCUAUACAAAGAGGGAUUACUGCCUUUGAGGAAAGCAUGCUAAAAGAGGAAGAACAAGCCGCUAUAAUGUUGAUGGCUUUAUCUUCUGAAUCCUUCCACAUCUUUGCUUAGAACAAACAGAGAAUUACUUGAAUCUUUUAUUUUCUUCAAUCUGUUAAUCAAUCGUUUCUUUCAGUCCUUACGGCUAUUUUUUAUGCUUUAGCGGCCAAGUCUUUAGGAAAAUAGCAUGGAAUGUUUAGAGAAAAGCAUGUGAGGUGUAUUUUGAGGGUUAAUACAAAUUAAAAUCUAAGAUCUGAAUA